CAGUUAGCCAACUUACUGGACGAAAUGACAUUUGCCUGUGAGCAUAAACAAUCCAAACUCUUUCUUAUGUUUGAUUGUGAUCAUGGCGGUCGGUAAAAAUAAAGGCCUUUCGAAGGGCGGUAAAAAGGGUGUUAAGAAGAAGAUUGUAGAUCCCUUCACCCGUAAAGACUGGUACGAUGUUAAAGCACCGUCCAUGUUCGCCAAGAGACAAGUGGGCACCACCCUUGUCAACCGUACCCAGGGUACGAAAAUCGCGUCCGAAGGUCUGAAGGGGCGCGUGUUUGAGGUGUCACUAGCUGACCUUCAAGCCGACACUGAUGCUGAGAGGUCUUUCCGCAAGUUCCGUCUCAUCGCCGAGGAUGUCCAGGGCCGCAAUGUGCUCUGCAACUUCCACGGAAUGGACCUUACCACUGACAAGCUCAGAUGGAUGGUCAAGAAAUGGCAGACGCUGGUGGAAGCCAACAUUGAUGUGAAGACCACCGACGGCUACCUGCUCCGAGUGUUCUGCAUCGGAUUCACCAACAAGGACACGCUGAGCCAGCGCAAGACUUGCUAUGCCCAGCACACCCAGGUCCGCGCCAUCCGCAAGAAGAUGUGCGAGAUCAUCACCCGUGACGUCACCAACUCUGAGCUGCGCGAGGUCGUCAACAAACUGCUCCCCGACUCCAUCGCCAAGGACAUCGAGAAGGCCUGCCACGGCAUCUACCCUCUCCGCGAUGUGUGCAUCAGGAAGGUGAAGGUGCUGAAGCGGCCGCGGUUCGAGAUCUCGAAGCUGAUGGAGCUCCACGGCGAGGGCGGCGGCAAGCGCGGGGAGGCGGGCGACAAGGCGGAGCGCCCCGAGGGCUAUGAACCGCCCGUGCAGGAGAGCGUCUAAAUAUAUGACUACAACUUA